AUGUAUCAUCUAGCGACCAACUCAGGGCCACGUCCAGCCUUGCGCCUGCCUGUCUUUGAUGCCUCCCCCAUCAAGGAACAUCCCUCCUUUGACGUUUCGGUGGCGAGCCUGGAUGAUCACCUAGGCACCCUCAACUUAUCGCCCAUCCGUGCGCCCAGCACGCGGGGUGCAUCCCCUCUUUCUCCCGAGCACGUGGCCAGUGCAGGACGCUAUCUGACGCACCAGGCUGAGCCCGCCAGCGCCCAUCGACGUAGCCCCUAUCGCAUGUUGCUGCCGUCCACCCAGCCCGAAUAUCUGGCUGUACCCGCAAGAACCGCACAUGCCGCUCGCCGAGCAGCACCGCCGAGCCCGCCCAAGGGAGGGCCCACACACAGCACUGCACCCCAACGCUCCCCGAUGCCCACAUCGGCACUGGGUCAGGCAAGUCCGCGCAAUAUGCACGGACUUAACCCAUUUGCCACCAAUGACCGAGACCACUUUCCAGGCAUUGAGGACUGGCUUCGCACACGGGUUGCAGAGGGUGCCGAUACCUACGCCGAUAGCGAUCACUACGACACAACACACGACCACAACGAGAGUAGCCACGAUCACGACUCCAACUUUGCCACAGACGGUUUCAACUGGUCUAUCGAUGGCCAGGCCGCACUGUUUCCCGUGGCUAUCAAUGAAAACGACCACUUGCGCAUUGACCCCGAUGCUCAUUUGCAGCAGUGA